AUGGUGAAGAUUAAACCUUUCGAUGUAGAGCAGUGGAUGGACAAAUAUGAGACUACCCCCGGGGUCCUGAAUAUUGCUGAGACCUGUGCAGCAUCUAUAUCGAUCGAUGAACUUGUCGCUCUCUGCGAAGACCCAAGCAUCGAGCCGCCUCUAAAGGCGUCUACGAAGCUCACAUAUGGGCCAAUACGAGGAUCUGAUACUCUCCGAGGGAAUCUGGCUUCUCUGUACUCUGCGCGCGUCGCGACUCCCCUCCCUGUUGAUAAUAUCCUCAUUACACCAGGGGCCAUCGCAGCCAACUUCCUCCUCUUCUAUACACUGAUCGGGCCUGGAGAUCAUGUGGUCUGUGUGUAUCCCACAUACCAGCAACUAUACUCUGUCCCCGAGAGUUUGGGUGCUGAGGUAUCGUUGUGGAAGCUGCGGAAGGACAAGAAAUACAUCCCAGAUCUGGAAGAACUGAAAGAUUUGGUGAAGGAGAAUACGAAGAUGAUUAUCAUCAACAAUCCUAAUAACCCUACUGGAGCCACAAUUCCCAAAUCAGUUCUACGAGGGUUGGUAGAUUUUGCUCGGGAGCGGGACAUCAUAAUCUUCUCAGACGAAGUCUACCGACCCCUCUUCCAUUCCAUAUCUCCCCUUGACAAUGAAUUUCCACCCUCAUUAGUCUCCCUGGGGUAUGCGAAGACCAUCGUCACCGGCUCGAUGUCAAAGGCCUACUCCCUUGCUGGGAUUCGCCUUGGUUGGAUUGCUUCCCGCGAUCCUUCGAUCAUUGAAGCCAUUGCCGCGGCUCGCGAUUACACCACAAUUGCUGUAUCCCAGCUCGACGACCAAGUCGCAUCAUAUGCAUUAUCUCAAUCAGUCAUCCAUUCCCUUCUCAGCCGCAAUAUCAAACUAGCGAGGACGAACCUGGAACUGCUCGAAAACUUCGUCAAGGAGCACAGCUCUGUGUGUUCCUGGGUAAAGCCAACAGGUGGAACUACAGCAUUCAUCAGAUUCGAGAUGAAGGGCGAGCCAAUAGAUGACGUCAAAUUCUGUAUCGAUGUCAUAGAGAAAACUAAAGUCAUGUUCUUGCCAGGCUCCAAAUGCUUCGGCGAGGAUUUCAAGGGGUUUGUGCGUAUCGGUUUUGUCUGCGAAACUGCGGUUCUUGAAGAAGCAUUGCAGAAAUUAGGAGCUUAUAUUCGAGAACAUCUUGUUUCAAAGUAA